AUGAAUGGUUGGCGACUGAGGAGCCUGCGUCGGAGGGUCGGAGGAGAGUGUUGGAGAAAGGUGGCAGUGGCAAGGAAGGUGGAGGCCGAUGCAGAGGAAGAGGAUGCCGGCGACGGUGACACAUUGAGAUGCAGAGGAACAAUGGCCGAAGAGGAGGGGCCUUACCUAAGAGAAAGAGGCGGACUCACUGGUGGUUGGUGA